UUCCUUCAUUCGGUCAGCAUCCAUAGGAGCAUUCGGCUGUCUACUACAAAACUGGUGCGUGUGUAUACUAAGAAGUGGUACGUGAGCAAGCGAACGAAAACUUGAGUUCUCCGCUAGAGCAAGACGGGGGCGGUUCAGUGGCGUCGAACGAUUUGUCGUACGAUCGCUUUUCUGUUUGUGUUUCCACAGUUUCAUUUUCUUGGUUUUUUGUUUCAAGUGUAUCACCUUCGCACCUGUUUGCAAACACGCAUCCCAAUCUGGUAGCUAAUGUAACGCUACACUACCACGUCCGUGAAACGUCAGACGGAAACGUCAAAACAACGGUAGCGGUGCACUCGAAACACUACAAACAUCGCAAGAAGGAAACAGUGUGCCGCGCGCUUACUUGCGCCUUUAGUGUACGGACGCGCGCGCGUGCGUGUGUCUCUCCUGUGUGACUUAGUGCGUUAGGUUGCAUCUGUUUUUGGGUCUGUUUGGGGUUCUGAUUUGUUGGGGUCACUUCACACACGCAUUUGGAGCGGGGUGUACGCGCGUGUUUAUAUGUGUACAGUGUAGUGCGGUAAAAGAAGAAGAAGAAAAAAGAAGAAGAAAGAGAGCACGAGAGGGAGAGUGAGCCAGAAAUUAGAAAACGCUACGACACGGUGCGGUGAAAAGUGGCGUGGAAAGCCAUGGAAACUAGCUACAACACGGCACCGAUCGGUGCUGGAACCAGUGAGUUCGAUAUCAACAUGUUCGACCAGUAUGUCUACAAGACGUUUCACACACCUUCGUUUGGCGAUGACGAGUUCGAUAUACAGUCGAUGAACAGUCACCUUCAACAAACGCAACAGCAGCAACCACAGCAGCAGCAGCAGCCGCAGCAGCCACAGCAUCAUCAGCAGCAGCACCAACAGCAACAGUAUCAGAUGCACAACAGUUCGCAACAACAGUCCGGCCAUAUGGUGGGAAUGAUGCAGGAUCAGCAACAGUCAGGAUACGGCCAAUGGCACCAGGAUAUGAACCAUCACAGCCCGUACACGCUACAGUCGCCGAACCAGCCAACCUACCAUCAGCUGAACGCUAGUCCGAACAACAAUCCCACGCUGCACGUGAUGCAGCCGCCCCAGCAGUCCCCCUCGAUGGUACCACCUGCGCAACAGCAGCAGCAACAGCUAUCCCCUCAGCAGCAGCAGCAGCACCAACAGCAGCAGCUCGUUGGCGGAAAUGCGCUCAGCUUCAUUGGGCGUUCGCCACCCCAGAACGGCGUUGGGCAGGGUACGGAAAACGGCACCACCAGCGACGACAGCGACGACACGAUUCCGGUAAGAGAGGCAAACUCCCUGAAGCGUCCGUCGUCUGAACCGUCGUACGGUGAGGAUGCGCUUGCCGGUGCGGCCGGCAUGAAAGCAUCGGCAGCAGCAGCAGCAGCCGCCGCCGCAGCCGCUGCCAAGAAGCCCAAGGUCACGAAGAAGAAGAAAAAAAGGGAUCCCAACGAGCCGCAGAAACCCGUCUCUGCCUAUGCGCUGUUCUUCCGCGACACACAGGCAGCUAUAAAAGGCCAAAAUCCAAACGCUUCGUUCGGUGAAGUUUCGAAAAUCGUUGCCUCCAUGUGGGACGUGCUAGCGACCGAGCAUAAAAAUGUGUAUAAGAAGAAAACAGAAGCUGCUAAGAAGGACUACUUGAAAGCACUCGCCGCCUAUCGAGCGAGUUUAGUGUCAAAGGGUACCGAAGGGGAACAGCAACAAUCACCACAACAAUCAAUCUACUCCCCACCGCCACAAGCAACGCUGCAACAGAAUCAGCAACCGCAGCAGCAUCACCAUCAGCAGGCGCAGCCGCCACCCCAGCAACAGCAUCAACUACAGCCGCAACAGCAACACACACAGCAACAUCCCCAUCAGCAGCAUCCGCAUCAACAGCAGCAGCAGCAGCAGCAACAGCAGAACAAUCAUCUGGUGAACCACUCGAAGCACUCGCCUCAAAAUGGACCCUCCGUUGCGCAAGCUCCCGGUCACCUUCAGCACAUGCAAGGACUGCAACAGGCGCAACAGCAGCAGCAGCAGCAACAACAGCAGCAACACUCAAACUAUGCACCGUCGUACACAUCGUCGUAUAAGCCAUCGCAGCAGGCUAUGAUGCAAAUGUCGCACUCGCAUCAGAAUCUACAUCCUGGACAGCAGCAGCAGCAACACCAAAACACCGCAUCACACAUUCACGGACCGAUGAUACAGAUGAAUUCGCAACAGCAACAGCAGCAACAGCAGAUGCUAUCGCAUCAACAGCAGCAGCAGCAGCCGCACAUGAGCAUGGCCCAACAGCAGCACCCGUCGAUGAUGAACUUGCCGAUGACCGGUCAGCAACACUACAUGAACCAGCAGAUGUCUCACCAGCAGUUACAGCAGAUGCAACAGCAACAACAGUUCCAGCAGCAGCAGCAACAGCAGCAACAACUGCUUCAGGAACAACAGUUACAGCAGCAAAUCAAACAGGAGCAUCAGCUACAGCAUCAUCAAAUUAAACAGGAGCAUCAGAUGCACCAGCAAAUAAAACAGGAACAUCAGUUGCAUCCAGACCAGCAGUUGCACCAUCAGCAACAACUACACCAGCAACAUCACGAGCAGCAGCUGCAUCUACAGCAACAGCAGGACCUACAGCACGGUGUCAAGCUAGAACCGAUGCUGCACCAGCAGCAACCGCUGCAACAGAUGCAAAUGCAGGGCGGUAUCCUAUCGUCACAGGCCUCGGUUGUGGACGAUCUAAUGGGUACACCGCAGCAGCAUCACGAGCAGCUACAGUCGACCUUACCAACGGUGGCACAACGAUCCUGUCCGUCCAAAAUGCAACCAUUGAAGCAGGAAUCUACCGAACAGAAAUGCAUCCGACAGGGUUGCAACAAUCAGGCGAUCGAAAACCCGGACUGGGAAGAUGAGUACUGCAGUCAGGAGUGUGUCGUCGCUCACUGUCGUGCUGUCUUUGCAACCUUCCAAAAGGAUUGCCUUCAAGGAAAUGGUCCUUCCCAGCAGCAGCAACAGCAGCCUUUGCCAACGGUGAAAUAGACCCCGUAACCGGUGUUGAAUGGAAAUGGUUGAAAUGGUACACAAUGGUGUGUACCCUAGAUAGUGCUAGCCAAUGUUUUAUUUUUUCUUUUUCAAAAUAACUUGAAAAUCAAGUUCCAUUUUACGCCAUGUUUUGUUUCUACUUUAGAUACGUUUGUUUAGUACAAUUUUUUUGCAAUUAUUUUAUUUUACUUUCAUGACUUUCUUGUGAAAUAAAGGUACACUUUUACGUCGAUUCCGAUUAUACCUAUCACGACAGUUUUUUUUUGUGUUUGGUGGCAAUAUUUCAAUACCACACAACGUUUGGUAACUUUAGUUUGUUAAAGAACAAAAUUAGAUUUCUUGCCUAUUAGAAGAAGAAGAUUUUUACCAUCAGUGGCGGAUUUAUAUUUUUACAUUUUUACAAAAAAGUUUUGAUUGUGACUGUCUAAUUGUCCGUAUAAAAUUGUAUCUCGGGAACUACUUGUUGUUACCACACAAAAAUGGUAAAGGAUCCAAUUUGGUGGGAGAAAAGAUCAUUGGUUUUAAGUUAUUUAAAAAAAAGAAAAAAAAACAUCGGUCAGCACAUCGGUGAUGGUACACGUUGUAGCCAGUUGCACAACUAAAGCCUUUUUCCCGUGUUACGCGGAUUAACAGUUCGUAGACUUUUUUUAAUGGAAUUUAUUUUUUUUUAUUAUUUGUCAAUUUUAAAAUUAUCCUUAAAAGCUCGCUACUUUGCAUCAUUGUAAAUGUAGCAAUUUAUGGUGAAAUUCGCAUUAUCCGCGUAACUCGAAAAGACGGAAAAGACUGUGCAUAACUAAAAAAAAAAGACAACACACAUUCACCAGGCCUCGUAGCGCUAUUUGUUGUCAACCCCCCGUGCGUGCUAGCACAUACCAUUAAACGUUUAUUAACUAGAUACUAGUAGUGGCGAAAAGGAGGAAGAAACCGAAUUAGUUAUAAUAAUAUUGAUCAGCGCAAGAAAAUACAUUAAUGGGAGAAAUCUUGCAUGUACGGAAGAAACUCGUAUUUGUAUGUGUGAAUUAAGAAAAUACAGAAGGGGAAAAAAGCAACUAACAAACAAAUGAAACCACACACUUGAUAGAAAAGGGUGAAACCUUUUUCAUCUCUUUUUUUUGUACACUACGUUUUUUAUUAUCGAUAAUUUUAACGUUGGCGUGCAAACUUGUAUUACAACGUUACGUCGCGGUAAACCGUGGUAAAGCUUUGAACUUUGAAAUUGUAUUUAAGGCGUAAUUGUAAUGCAGAUGCAGCAAAGGCAGACGGCUUUGAACUGUUGUUUUUUUGUUUGUUAAAACUUAUCUUGUUGAGUUUGAUUUGACAAGUGCCAGCCUCCAUUUUAUUGGCAGAAGCAAAACAGUGUUUAGUCUAUUUUCCGUAUGAUACGCAGGUAAAUAUUGUGGGCAAAUGAAACGCACUAGCAUGGUUGAACAUUUUAUGAACAAGCCAAAUCUAAACCCAACGAACUGUGAGUAUGCGUAACUUCUGUGUUGCCGUUUUUUUUUCUUGCAAACAGUGAAGGCAUCUGUUCACGACGCGACGUUCUUCAAAUGUUUGCUAUUCGAUCUCGAUAAAGACGAUUUUGUAAUUCCAUUCAGUAGAACAGAAAACAGAACUUACACUCGCUGGAUAUACAAAAAAACAACCGACACAAAGGAAAAUAGCACAUAAUUGUACCAACAAUAAACAAAACCCACACAUUCACA